AUGAUAAGAAGAGGCUUCCAGGUGGCAGCAAGACUUGGCCACCACGGAACCCUUCCUGGUGGCCCCUACAUCCUGCCCACGUUCAGCCCUGCCUCAGCAUUCGGAUCCUCCAUGGACUCCCUCUUCUCAAGAUUCUGUCAGGAGAAGACAGAUUUGAAGAAUUAUGCCCUCCCCAAUGCCAGCUGGUGUCCAGGCAUGCUGAACCUGUACCACGAAUUUCUGGAGAAAACUAAGGCCUAUGGCUGGAUCAGACUGCCCUCCUUCAAGUCCAACAGAAACCACAUCCAGGGGCUCGAGCUCCCAUUAGUGUUAACGGUUUCCUCAGACAAAAGUGACUGUCACAUCUUCACCAGGUGUAUCGAAACGGAAGGACAAGGCUACGAGUAUGUCAUCUUUUUCCAUCCAUCCAAGAAGAAGUCUGUCUGUCUUUUCCAACCAGGCCCCUACCUGGAGGGGCCCCCGGGGUUUGCCCAUGGAGGGUCACUGGCAGCCAUGAUAGACGAGACCUUCUCUAAAACUGCUUACCUGGCUGGAGAAGGGCUGUUCACACUAAAUCUCAACAUCAGGUUCAAAAACUUGAUCUGCGUGGGCUCUCUGGCUGUGCUGAACGUUGACGUGGAAAAGGUUGAGGACCAGAAGCUUUACACAUCCUGCGUCGCCCAGAGCACGGACCAGCAGACCGUUUACGCCAAAGCUUCAGGCACUUUCCUCCAGCUGCAGCUGGAAGAGGAUUCAUCUCAAUACUAG